AUGUCUAACAACACAAGUCACACUAUUCAUCGUCUCAAUGAAAUCACUACUAAUAUCUAUCGAUUUACUUUUCCUCCUUUGAUCAUUUUUGGUCUUAUUGGUCAUAUACUUGAUAUAAUUAUAUUUACUCGACCGAAUCUCAUUUCAAAUUCAUGUUGUAAUUAUUUUCUUACAUCAUCAUGUGUUUCUAUAAUACAAAUUGUAUUUGGUCAAUUAUUUCGUAUGUUAAAAGGUGGUUAUCAUAUACCAAUACCAGUUCUUUGGUGGUGUCGAGUACGUAGGUUUUUAGUAUAUUCAGCUUCCCUGGCGUCAACAGCUUUCAUUACACUUGCAUCUGCCGAUCGUUAUGUUUCAUCAUGUUCUCAAGUGAAAUAUCGUCGAUGGGCUGAUGUUAAAGUUGCACGACGUUUGAUUCCAAUUGUUUUAAUUAUUUCAUGUCUUUGUCAGUCUCAUAUCUUAGCCUUAUUCGUUGUUCAUGAAGAUGAAGAAGACGAGUGUUGGGCUCCAAGAGCAACUCAUUAUCGAUUAAGUUUUGAUAGUGUUUUUCUUAUUGUUCAUGGAAUAAUCUUUCCUGUACUAUUGGGUGUAUUUGGUUUUCUAACAUUAUACAAUAUACGUCGACGAAGAUCUGAUCAACAAAAUGGCGUAACAAACUUGAGACUACAUCGUAUUCGAGAUUUUCAACGUAUGACACUUGUACAAACAGUUUGCGUCAUGGCAUUGACUAUACCGCUUGCUAUUCAUAAAUUACAUCGAACAAUGACUCCUUCUGAUUUGAAAACUCCAGAAAAAUUAGCAUGGGAACGAUUGAGUAUGUCUAUAGUACGAUUUCUGUGGUUUUUAAACGAUAGUGGUGGAUUUUACAUAUAUUCACUUUCAUCUAUGAAAUUUCGCCGUGAAUUAUUGAAUUUUUUUGAUGAAUAUCUACUACAAAGAGUACACCGAGCUUCCACGAUGGCAACAUCCUUGGAAUCAUCUAAUGCAACAAGAACAAUAACAAACCGUAAAAACGGUUGA